GUGAAGCCACCGGAAGUGUUCGAACCACCAUCUUACUCUUCAACCCAGUCUCACGGCAGUUCGUGAUAUAGUCACGAAAUUUAAUCUAUUGAAGAGACGUGCUGUUUUCCCUUAAUGCAUACUUACAUUUCACAGAAUACAGCAGAGAGGAUCCACAAUCAUGGAUGGGAGUCUGUUUGUGCUGCUUCUGCUGUCAGGGCUUUUGAAGACCACUUCUGGUCUUUCUCGUCAGUACUACUAUAUAAAUGCAAGAAUGUCCUGGCCAGAGGCUCAGAGUUACUGUAGAGGAAAGCACACUGAUCUGGCUACUGUAGACAGCAUGGUUGAUGUAAGCAGGCUGAUAAAUUUAGUGGAUGCUGGAUACAGUGGAUCGGUGUGGAUUGGACUGAAGAAUGGGACACAGAAACGCUGGGGUUGGUCUAAGGGAGAAGAUACACUUGCAGAGUACAGUGCCUGGAAUGCAGGAGGACCAAGCAGUCAAAAUGAAUGUGGAUUUCUUGCCUAUGAAGUUUGGCAUACUUAUCAGUGCUCAUCUGUGAUUCACUUUGUGUGCUACAAUGAAAGUACUGGAUACAUCUCAGUACAGAUGUGGAUGAACUGGAAAGAAGCUCAGGGCUACUGCAGACAGUAUUACACAGAUCUGCCCACCAUCCACAACUCUGAGAAACAGAAUCAGCUCAAGAGUAUUGUUUCAUCGUCGGCAUGGGUUUGGAUUGGUCUAUUCCAGGACUCUUGGGAAUGGUCUGAUAAAUGGAGCAACUUCUUCAGAGACUGGGCAGCAGGUCAACCAUCCCAGAGUUCAGGAUCUGGUGACUGUGUUGGCAUGUCAACAACCAAUUCUGGGAAAUGGAUUCAUGAAAGCUGUAACCUACAGCGUCCUUUUAUCUGCCAUGGAUGGCCCAAGUCUCCUUACCGCACAUACCAGUAUAUGAAUGAAAGCAUGACCUGGCAAGACGCUCAGAGUUACUGCAGAGCUAGAUUCACUGAUCUGGCCACUGCUGACACCAUGAAUGAUGUGAGAAGGCUGGUAAAUACAGUGGAUCCUGGAUACAGUGGUUCAGUAUGGAUAGGUCUCCACACUGGGACAGAGUAUCGCUGGGUCUGGUCUAUGGGGGAAGGCACAAUCUCCAACUACAGUAUCUGGAAUCCAGGAGAACCAAAUGGUGAUGGCGAGUGUGUGAGAAGUUUUAAUGGAAGCUGGUACGAUGAGAGCUGCAGCACUGUUCUCCCAUUUGUGUGUUUCAAUGACAGCACUGGUUUUAUUAUUACUGAAACUGCUAUGACAUGGAGAGAUGCUCAAAGUUACUGCAGACAACACCACUCUGAUUUGGCGAGUAUCAGCAGCCCAGAGCAGAAGAAUCUGCUCAGUAAUGAAUCAUCACUCUGGAUUGGUCUGUUUCUGGACUCUUGGCAGUGGUCUGAUCAGAGGAAUCUCAGUUUCAGACACUGGGAUGCAGAUCAACUAUCCCAGAGUUCAGGAUCUGGUGACUGUGUUGGUAUGUCAAGAAACAAUUCUGGGAAAUGGGCUCAAUACAGCUGUGAUCUACAGCAACCUUUUAUCUGCUAUGGAGCUGACACAUUAAUUAGAAAACAGAUUGUGCGUUUGAAGUUGUCCUGUAAUGGGAAAUGUACAUUAAAUGAUCCUUCAUUUCAGACCGCCUUUCUAGACAUGAUAAGUGAAAAGCUGAAGAGCAUGGGGCUGAAAAGUGACAAAAUGAGCUGGAUACAGAGGGGAGGUGAAGAGGUGUUUCAUCUGGAGAGCAAACAUACAGCACAUUCAAAUAAUCAAUGUAACAGGCAGUAAUCAUCAAUGUACUUGUAUAAAGUUAACUUUUAAAACAGAUUCUAAGAAUAUUAUGUAAACAACUGAACUAUUUUGUUUGGAGGAACUGGGAAGUAGUAGUAGUAUUAUGUAUUGUUUAAAAACCAAAAAGUGGAUAAAUGGUCAUUGUAUAAUAUAUUUAUUGCAAUUGAUUAUGAAUACUGUAUAUAUUUCUGAAAGUUCUAUAUCAAUAACUACAUUAAUGAAUCUAGCCUAAAUUUAACUACAAAUAGUUGUGUUCUUACAAGAUUAAACUUUAAUUUACCAAAUAAAUUAUCAAUACUCUAGGUUUUUUUUUUAAAUGUAAAUAUUUUGUAACAUUAAAUAAUUGUAGUAAAAUUAACACUACAAGUAAAAUGAGAGAUAACUUUCUAGUGUAUAUGCAGAGCCAACUUUGAGAUAUGUGAACUAAGCCAUUAUCUAAAAUGUAAAGUAUGAUGAUCCUUCUCAUAAUAAAUUUGGAGGACAUUUCAUUUGAAUCAUGUUGUGCAUAUUAUUAUAAAUAAAAAAUAAAAAGAAAUUACUACUGAAAUUACUACAAUAACUUAUUUCCAUAUACUUUUGCAUUUACAAAUUUAUUUUAUAGCCAUAAUGGCUACUGAUGGCUACUAGUAUGUGCU